GUGCUAGUUGCAUUGAUUUUGAUCCUUUAAUACAGUUUACAAUAAAUAGUAAGCUUCAAUCAAGCUAAUGAUGAAUAGCGAUAAUCUUAGUAGUGUAAACGAAACAUACUUUGGUAGCUAUGAAGAUCUGGAGAUCCAUCAACUUAUGCUCACCGACAAACCGCGACAAGAUGCUUACCAGUCUGCCAUUCUUGGCGGAAGGGACCUCUUCAAAGAUAAAACCGUCCUGGACGUAGGAACCGGGACGGGAAUUUUGUCCAUUUUUUGCGCUCAAGCCGGUGCCAGAAAGGUCUACGCCGUCGAAGCCUCCAACUUGGCCCGUUUAGCACGGGGCGUCAUCAAAGAGAAUGGCUUCGAGCAGGUAAUCGAGGUUUUUGAGUGUAAAAUUGAAGAUUUCCAACUGCCACCAGGCGCCGACAAGGUGGACAUACUCGUAUCCGAAUGGAUGGGAUUCUUCUUACUGCACGAAGGAAUGUUGGAUUCGGUGAUUUAUGCUAGGGAUAAAUUCCUUAAACCGAAUGGGCUGAUGUUUCCGGAUACAGCAUCGAUAUUGGUUGCUCCCAGCAGUGUUCCCAGCCGGUUCGAUGACUUUGAAAAUCUGUCCGGGGUGAGUAUGAAAUGUUUCGGACGGGAGCUACGAAAGCAGAAAGCAGACAAACCGGAAAUUUUGAACGUAGCGGCGGAGCACUUGCUGCACGAAGGGCACAUAAUGACGUGGCUGGAUUUGAAGGAAGUCACUUCAGAAGACUUGAAUUCCUUCGAUAUGAAGGAGGUGAUGGUCAUUCAGAAUCCGGGCAAAUUUCAAGGUGUUUGCAUAUGGUUUGACUGUACCUUUCCCAGCGGUGACACCAAUCAGAUGAAUGAGGUGGUUCUAUCGACGAAUCCAAAGUGUCCCGCCACGCAUUGGAAACAGAGUGUGAUUCUCCUGCCAGAAGACGCCUGCGAGGAGGUGGACAAAUUGGAUCCUAUUGCAUUCAGCUUGAGUUUAGCGAGAAACUCGGAGAAUAAUAGAAGAUAUAACUUGCAGCUAACGCUGCUGGAUGUAGAGAAGGAAGAACACGGCUUACCUUGUGACUGUGUAAUGACAAAGUGCAUCCUCAUGAAAGCGCAUUUACAGAAGAUGGAAGUCGAUCAAUAA